ACAGUCCUAGUAUUUGCAUGAACAAUUGAUGAAUGUUACAGGUGGAGUUUAGAGGACUAUCUGACAUGAUACAUAUCAAGAAACCUAACUGGGUAACUGAGGCUGGAAAUAUUCAGAUAAAGUUAAACUCAAAACAAGUGACUGUGGGACACAAUGCAUCGUUCUUGAUCCAGAAAGCAAGGGAGCUCACACACGAACAUUUAUUCUACGCCGUGGUUGCAAAUGACCGCAUUGUCCACUCAGGUGUUGUAUAUGAUGAUGGGUCUAGUUCAGUACCACUGUCCUUUGUAGCGACCGAGAAGAUGAAACCGUACGGAAAACUCAUUGUGUAUUAUUUUACAAAUGACGAAUGGAACGCUGAUGCCACGUAUUUUCAAGUUCAAGACAGUUCCAAAAAGUUCAGGAACAAGAUAGCUCUGUCAUUCAACAAAGCGACCGCAGAGCCCGGAGACUCUGUGAGUUUAUCCGUUUCUACAAAUCCCAUGUCGUUAGUUAAUCUUUUGGCUGUAGACCAAAGCGUAAUGUAUCUGGCUAAAGGAAAUGAUAUAACAGGAAAUGACAUAAUCUCCUCGCUAAUGGUCAAAGGUCAAAAUUCUCAAGACUCCAUUGACUUGCACGCUCCAAAAGAUGUCUUGAAGACUAAAGGUAUGCAUGUUUUAACAGACGUCAAAAAAUUUAAUUGGGCCAAUCCAAUGUACAGACGUCAACUGAACUGUGACUGUGAAAGUUGCCCAUCGUACAAAAAACCCUAUCACAGUGUCGGGAAAGUGGGGGGAUUUAGCAACCCUUUUUUUUGUAGAACCCCUCAAGGGUAUUUUUUUGCAG